AUGGCUACUAAUAUCGCGCCUCGUCUCUUUUUGCGAUCUUAUUCUCUAGCGGGUCCUUUAAGAAAAACAUACCCCUUGACCCGCCUUUCUUCAGCGUCAGUUCGAACUUACGUUACGCCGACGGCUCCUGUCUUAAAAGACGCUAUCCAGGAAUUAUAUAUACAAGGAAUAAAAGCAUACGUUCCUGAGCCUACGAAAGUCGAUGCUGCAGAAGUAAAACACCUUUCAUUACCGACUCCUCCGAAGGCACCGGUUUUUAACGAGGAUAUCACGCAAGAUCUAGCAUCUUAUGAAUUUACCGAUAAAGAAAGUGAAAGUAAAGCAACAGCAGCUCAAGAAUCAGUUUUUGAAUAUGAAUUAUUUGGACCAGGAGGAGUUCCCGUUGAUGUUCCUUUGAGAGAAAUUAGUGGUCAUCAUCACUAA